AUGCCUUCUUCCUUGUGUCUGAAUUGUAAGUUCCAGCACUCAGUAGCCAUUGAGGAUGUGGCUGUGAACUUCACCCCAGAAGAGUGGGCUUUACUGGAUCCUUCACAGAGGAAACUCUACAGAGAUGUGAUGUGGGAAACCUUCAGGAACCUGGCCUCUAUAGGAAAAUCAUGGGAAGAUAAUGAUGUUGAAGUUAAAUACGCAAGCCAGGGAAGAAAAUUAAGAAAUCGUAUGCUACAGAGACUCUUUAAAAGUGAAGAUAGUCGUCUAUGUCAAGAAAACAUCAGCCUAAAUCCAAAUGGCAGUCUGAACAAGAAAACUACAGGUGCUAAACCAUGUGUAUGCAGUGCAUGUGGAACGGUCUUCAUGCAUCUUUCAUCCCUUAAAAGGCACAUUAGAUGUCACACUGAAUACAAACUAUAUGACUACCAAAAAGAUGGAGAGAAGCAUUAUAAAUGUAAGGAAUGUGGAAAAGCCUUCCCUUUUCACAAGUCUCUUGAAAUACAUGAAAGAAUUCAUACUGGAUACAAACUCUAUGAAUGUAAAAAUUGUAGUAAAGCAUUCACUUCUUCCAGUUCCCUUCAGAGACAUGAAAGAAAUCACACUGGAGAGAAACCCUAUGAAUGUAAAGAAUGCGGGAAAGCCUUCAAUUGUAGCAGUUCUCUUCGAAAACAUGAAAUAACUCACACUGGAGAGAAACCUCAUGAAUGUAAAAAAUGCAGUAAAGCAUUCACUUCUUCCAGUUCUCUUCGAAGACAUGAAAGAAUUCACACUGGAGAGAAACCCUAUGAAUGUAAAAACUGCAGUAAAGCAUUCACUUCUUCCAGUUAUCUUCGAGAACAUGAAAGAAUUCAUACUGGAGAGAAACGCUAUAAAUGUAAAAAAUGCAGUAAAGCAUUCAUGUUUUCCAGUUCUCUUAAAGUACAUGAAAUAACUCACACUGGAGAGAAACCCUAUGAAUGUAAAAAAUGCAGUAAAGCAUUCAUUUAUUCCAGUUCUCUUAAAAUACAUGAAAUAACUCACACUGGAGAGAAACCCUAUGAAUGUAAAAAAUGCAGUAAAGCAUUCAGUUCUUCCAGUUUUCUUCAACAACAUGAAAGAAUUCAUACUGGAGAGAAACCCUAUGAAUGUAAAAAAUGCAGUAAAGCAUUCACUUUUUCCACUUGUCUUCAAAGACAUGCAAGAACUCAUACUGGAGAGAAACCAUAUGAAUGUAAAGAAUGUGGGAAAUCCUUCAGUUGUAGUAGUUCUCUUCGAAAACAUGAAAUAAGUCACACAGGAGAGAAACAUGAAUGUAAAAAAUGCAGUAAAGCAUUCACUUUUUCCACUUGUCUUCAAAGACAUGAAAGAACUCAUACUGGAGAGAAACCCUAUGAGUGUAAAGAAUGCAGGAAAGCCUUCAGUUGUAGUAGUUCUCUUCGAAAACAUGAAAUAACUCACACAGGAGAGAAACAUGAAUGUAAAAAAUGCAGUAAAACAUUCACUUCUUCUAGUUCUCUUCGAGUACAUGGAAGAAUUCACACUGGAGAGAAACCCUAUGAAUGUAAAAAUUGCAGUAAAGCAUUCAGUUCUUCCAGUUAUCUUCGAGAACAUGAAAGAAUUCAUACUGGAGAGAAACGCUAUAAAUGUAAGAAAUGCAGUAAAGCAUUCAUGUUUUCCGGUUCUCUUAAAGUACAUGAAAUAACUCACACUGGAGAGAAACCCUAUGAAUGUAAAAAAUGCAGUAAAGCUUUCAUUUAUUCCAGUUCUCUUAAAAUACAUGAAAUAACUCACACUGGAGAGAAACCCUAUGAAUGUAAAAAAUGCAGUAAAGCAUUCAGUUCUUCCAGUUUUCUUCAACAACAUGAAAGAAUUCAUACUGGAGAGAAACCCUAUGAAUGUAAAAAAUGCAGUAAGGCAUUCACUUUUUCCACUUCUUUGCAAAGACAUGCAAGAACUCAUACUGGAGAGAAACCCUAUGAAUGUAAAAAAUGCAGUAAAGCAUUCACUUCUUCCACUUCUCUUCGAAGACAUGAAAGAACUCACACUGGAGAGAAACCCUAUGAAUGUAAGGAAUGUGGCAAAGCCUUUACAAAUCCCUCAAGCCUUCGCUCACACAUGAUCUUUCACACUGGUGAUGGACCUUAUAAAUGUGAGGAAUGUGGGAAAGCAUUCAUUUUCCCCCGUUUUCUUCGAAUACAUGAAAGAACUCAUGCUAGAGACAAAGCUUAUGAACGUAAAAAAACGCAGUAAUGCAUUCAUUUCUCCCAGUAUACUGCAGAAACAUGAAAGAAAUCAUACUAGAAAGAAACCCCUUGAAUGUAAAAUAUGUGGUAAAGCCUUCAGGUUUUCAAGUAAGGUUCAAGUACAUGAAAGAAUUGAUGCUGGAGAGAAACCCUAUGAAUGUAAAAAUUGCAGUUAAGCAUUCACUUCUGGUAUUUUUGAAAACAUGAAAGAAUUGAUACUGGAGAGAAACCCUCCGAAGGUAAGGAAUAUAUGAAAGCCUUUAUGAUUCCUUCAAGCCUUUGAUCUCACCUGCUCUUUCACCCUGGAGAUGGACGUUACUAGCACAAGCAAUGUGAGAAAGUGUUCAUUUCUCCCAGUGCAUUUUGUAUAUGUGAAAGGAGUCAUAGAACAGACAAACCCUAUGAAUGUAAGGAAUGUGGGAAAGCGUUUAUAAAUCCCUCAAGCCUUCAAUCCCAGAUGGUCUUCCUCACUGGAAAUGGAUCGUAUAAAUGUAAGGAAUGUGAGAAAGCCUUCACUUCUCCCAGUUUUCUUCAGACACAUGAAAGAACUCAUACUGGAGAGAAAGCUUAUGAAUUUAAGGAAUGUGCACAAACAUUCACUUAUCACAUAUCACUUCAAAGAAAUGAAAGAAGUCACACUGGAGAAACACUAUGAAUAUCACUAAAAUGAGAAAGCCU